GUUUUGUAACUAUCAUCCUCUUACAUUAAUUCUAACAUUUUCCUCAGCGUCCAGAAAAAUAUGAAUACGAAGAUGGUGAUCAAGUACGAGCAGUUGGUCUGUGCUAUUCUUUUGUUCCUCUGUUUGUUUGCAGCUCGGGCGGUAGCCCAUGAUGAUGUGUUAGAAUGGAUACAAAAAGAUAAUCAUAGUUUCCUCCGUGCCAAUAUCCGAAUCGGUGAUCUCGAUCGCACCAUUAAGUUUUACACAGAAUUUUUUGGAAUGAAAGUACUCAGUAAAAAAAAUUUCCCAGCAGAAAAAUACUCGAAUGCAGUCGUUGGGUUUGGACCUGAAGAAUCUCAGUUUGUCAUAGGGCUCACAGACCACCACAAUGCAGUGGACAAGCUAGACAUUGGGACAGCCUUUAGUCAUUUUGGAAUUUCAACCCAAGAUAUUUACAACACCGUUGAAAAAGUUCGAGCUAGUGGUGGUGUGAUCACUCGUGAACCUGGGCCGCUCGUAGAUGGGGGAGAGGGAACCGUUUUCGCCUUCAUGAACGAUCCCGACGGCUACAGUUUCGAGCUCCUCCAGCGGCCGCCAACUCCACAACCACUUUCUCAUAUAUGUCUUAAUGUUCUUGAUUUAGAUCGCUCUAUUGAGUUCUACAACAAGUCCUUGGGCAUGAACCUACUACAAACGUUUGACUUACCUCAAGAGCGGUAUACCGUAGGUAUGGUGGGGUACGGAUCCAAUCUUACUCAAACAGUUGUUAUCGAGCUGAAAUACAAUUAUAAUGUGACGGCAUAUAGAAGAGGAAAUGGUUAUGCACAGGUUGCUAUUGGCACUAAUGAUGUGUACAAGAGCGCAGCAGCUGUAAGACUGGUAAUCAAGGAAGUUGGAGGGGAAAUAAUAUUACCACCAGGUCCAAUCCCAAAAAUCGACACCAAAAUCACUCGAUUCCUUGAUACAGAUGGCUUUCAAACGGUGUUGGUAGACAAUGAAGACUACCAGAAAAGAAUUGAAGAAAGAGAGAUGAAGCAAAAUCCUUAGCAUUUGGUAUUGCUCGUGUAUUUGUAAUUUUUGUGUACUCUGCUCAUGUAAUUCUAGUUGAAUAAAGAAGCCCUGAUUCGAAUGUGUAUUUGUUUCUAGUCAAUAUUCAACUAA